AUGAAUGAAUGGAAGGGAGGGGAUGCGGUGGUGGACUGUGAGAUUCAGGGGAGAAAGACGUUUUGUCCGGUGCCACUUUUUCUCUCCAUCUCUCUGCUUCUCAUGUCACUUUUGUUGACGUUUCUGUCUGUGAAUGAGGUUGUUGUUGUUUUUUUUCUUUAUCCUUUUUUUUGUUUUUUCUGUGCCGAUUUUAUUGAUUGUUUAUGGAUGACGCAGCCGGUGUUCCUGUCAGUUUGUGUGUGUGUGUGUGUGUGUGUGUAUUACACGCCUUGGGUUAUGAAGGGACCCAAGAAGAGAUACCGCGGGGACGGGGACGAUCAUCAAAGCUACCACCACCACCAACAACAACAACAACAGCCUCGUGUGCGAUACGCCGAUCUUGCACCUGAAGUGAAACUACAGAGGCGCCGCGAGGAACGACAGGUGAAGAAGGAGAUGGAGCGUACCCUGUCGUACUUCAAGUCGGUUCAGAGAGCGUUAGAGGAACAGGCAUCUGGAGCCGGGGAUGCGAGUACGUUGGCCUCAAUUGUGGAUGGCUUUUUUGUGGAGCUUAUAAAACUUCUUAAAGCCGAUUCCACCUUGCAUCUCUUGAGGAAUGGCCUCGUAUGCCGUGUUAUUGAGUCCGCAUUGGCAAAUUCUCUUCUUCUCCACAGUAAGUCGCUUCUUUAUGUUCUAUUAGGGCACGUGUUUGACACCGUAACCUCCCCUACGGCAAGUUACACGAUGGAGACACUUUUGGCGAGCCUGGCACAGGCGCUCAGUGCAUUGGCUGAUGACGAGGUGGAAUCCUUUGAGGCGGAAAUGACGGAUGGCGGGCCAGGCGUUCACGCUGGAAGUGGUGUGCCGAGUGCUGCCACCCUCAUCACGUACGUCGUGGAGGAAUUAUCUGAGCGGGCAGAGGAAAUUAUUGUGCAUGAGGUUGCCGCCCGUGCGGUGCGGUCCAUCGUGUUGGUGCUCGGCGGCUUCACAAUUCGCGGGGCUCCAGCGCUAGAACAUGUGGUGAAAUUCACGCAGCCACUAGGUGCGUUGGGCGUUGCCCUAAUGAGAGGAUUGGAGGCUACGUUUAGGGACCAUAACUCCCGGCACGCUGCAGAUGUGUGGCUCAACAUCGCCAACACACCAACCGCCAGUUUCAUUCUGCAAAGCCUUCUUCGCGUGUGUGAAGCGGGCACUGAAGUCGACGUUGCCGUCCGUCAACGUCUGGAGUCCAUAAAUGACGAUGAUGGAGUUGCAUUGCUGCGGCAUCUUCUGAUGGAUCCGAUGGGUUGUCACAUUUUUCAGGCGUACAUUAAAGUGCCAGUACCGUUGGAACUGUUGGAGGCGUGUGAUGUUCUUUCAAACCGCAGGGCAAGGGCCGCAGCGGAACUCACAUCCGCAAAGGGGCGGAGACUUCAAGAAAUUCUACGCGAAACGGCAGAUAAUAUGACGGAUGAGGAAGAGCGUGUGGUGGCCCUCCGAGCGCAGGAGAAAACAUGCUGGGACAAGGCCCUUGAUGUUGUGAUGGAGGUGCUUGAGGAUAUUUUUGAUCCUGCAGCGGAGCAAAUGAACCCGGUGCACUACGUGCUGCAGGAUCUCGUGCUCUUUGCCCCAACGGCGGUGCACCUGGAAUGUGUCUGGGAGCGAUUGUUAAAACCACGGAUACGGAUGUUUUUCUCGUUACCGGCACCCAUGCAUGUGCUUGCGGCAUUUGCGCGAAAGUGUGCCUUUUCUGGUUCACUUGGGCCGAGAGACGGUGGCAACAAUGGCAAUAAUUACAACGACAUCGCCGUGGCCGGGGCGGUGGAAAGCAGCAGUGAUGCACUGCCAAAGGACAUUGACCAACUGCUGCGCACGGAUAUGGCGCGAGGGGUGCGUUACUUUACGGUUUCCGUCAAUUUUCAGGAGACAGUAAUCAAAACUCUCUGUUCUGCGAUCAAUGAGGAGUGUAAGAAGGGCGCCGCACAAUUCCUUCUUGUUGACGGGAACGCGCAUGAAAAAGGCGCUGAGUUGGCCCGCUACAUUCUCCAUUUCCAGCCACUGGCAUCGGCGAUGUUCGUCCAUGCGAUGGACAAACUCUCCCUCAAAGACAUGGAGUUCCUCAUUCGACACGGGAAGGGAAGUCUCGUUGUGCAACAGUAUUUACGCGCAGCGGCGGUUGUCCAGACAUUGCCGCAUGCACAGGGAAAUAAAGGGGAAGAGAAGAAAUUGGAUAAAACUGGGCCGAUGCGUUUUCUGCGUCGGAUUGCGUCACUGCUGCACGAUUUGGUGGGCGACACGUACGCGGCGUAUGUAGUGGAGGUGCUCUACGAGGUGGGGUCGCUGGAGGUGAAGGAGGAACUUGUAAAGCUUCUGGUGCCCAUUUACUCCAGUCUGCAGCACGGCCAUGAAAAGGCAUCUAAAGUGGAAGACCGUGAUGAAAGUAGGGAGGUUGAGGAAGAUGGAAAUGCCACCGCCGCGAAUCGCCCGCUGAUGCGGGAUUUUAUCGCACGUAAGGUCAUGACGAAGUGUUGCGUGGAGCUGUACAUGCACAGACCAGAUGACUGGACCAAACUUGCCCGCCGUCAGUGCCAAGUAAUGCGACUAUUGCAGCGCAUGUCCGCUGUUUCGUCCUAA